AUGUCUCCAAGCUACAGAGGUUUGGAAGAGCAGGAAUACUCUCCUUCUGCCCAGCACCACCACCACCACCAGCAGCAGCAGCAGGCCUAUCCCUAUUCUGAUCAGCUUUCCCCUUCCUCUCCUGAUGGGUUCUCUUUUAGAACAGCAGGAGCAGCAGGAGCAGGGGGGCAGGCCGGGGGAAGAGGGGGCGCAGGAGGGGCCGCAGGAGGGGGAGGGGGAGAAAGGGGUGAGAGUUUCGAUGCAUCCUCACUUCCCCUGAUGGUGGUGGCUGGGGCUGUGAUGGGAGGGCCUGGUAGGGUGUCGCUGCCUGCUGUCCGUCCCAGCAACCGCACUCCGUUGAGAACACCUGUGGAUUCACCUGAGAUUUCACCUGUGGGCUCCCCUCAAGGGUCCCUGUACCAAGCCUCGGUGCUAGGCUUGGCAGAGGAGUAUCCGUAUGGCUCGGAGGCGUCCGAACCGGGACAGCAGGGUUGGCGCAUGGGUUCUGGUGGGGAGUCGUAUCACCAGAAGCAGCAGCAGCAGCACCAAUACCACCACCACACGUCACCACCACCAGCAGCAGCAGGAAUGGCAGUGGGUGGUUAUGGUGGUAACCCUAUUGGGGGUAGCAGGCGCGCAGGUAACCCAAGAGGCGGCAGCUCUAGUGCGGCUGCAGCAGCAGCGGCUUUCCCCAAGUCCCAUGAAGGGGAGGAGUUUUCAGAAGGAGAAGAGGAGGAGGAAGAGGAGGAAGAGGAAGAAGAGGAGGAGGAAGAAGUGGAGGAAGAAGAGGAGGAAGAGGAGGAGGACGAGGAAGAGGAAGAGGAGGAGGAAGGGGAAGGGGAGGAGGAUGAUGAUGUGUAUUACGAGUCAAAGGUGUUGGGGGAUGAACCCAUCUCAAGGCGACGAGUGGUGGAGCUGCUGGAUCAGAUGGACGCGUUCAUAGAGGAGGGGCCGCACUGCAAGCUGGACGAGUACCUGCCUGCCAUUGAUCUGCUGCUCAGCGUGCGAGCGCUGCUGCUGGAGGCGCGCGACAAGGAGACUGGGCGGCGCGCGGACGGCAUGCUCCGGCGGGCUAUGGAGGACCUGGAGUAUGAGUUUAGAGACAUUCUGUCGAGGCGGAGCCAGCAGGCAUCCACGCGAUUCACAGUCGACACUCUCUCUCGCAUCUUCCACCGCAACUUCUACCCCCCUGCCGCCACCACCACCACCGCUGCUGCAGCUGCUGCCGCAACCAGCAGCGUCAGCACCAGCAGCAGCUCCCCUGAGAGCGGCGUGACAGGGGGUACCAGCGCUAGCAGCAGCAGGAACAGCACAGGGGGAGUGGGAGGCGGGGGAGCGGGUGGAGGGGGGGGAGGGGAAGGUGGUGUUGGCGGGGAGGGGAUGGGGGGUUUGGAUGAGGGGGAGUUGGAGGAUGCCGAUUCGCUGCAUGUGCUGCCGGAAAUCGCCGCCCGGUGGCUGAACCAGACGGCCGCCAGGCUGGUGGCGGGAGGGGAGAGUGUGCGCUGUGUGGAGGCCUUCAGGUCGGUGCGAGUGGACAGUCUCAAGGGGGCGCUGCAGCGGCUGGAGUCUGAGAGGCCGUGGAUGGUGACGGCAGGGCAGAUCGCAGACAUGCCAUGGGCGGAGCUGGAGCCGCUCAGCAAGCAGUGGACUCAGGAUAUGUACAUUCUGGGCCGUCUGCUACUGGGCAUGGAGAGGAGGACAGCAGCGGCCGUGUGGCGAGGCAUGCAGGUGCACGAGCGCGGGGCAUUGAGGGCAAUCCUGGAGGACAGCGGCAUGGGCAAGCGCAUAGCAGAUCACGCCUUGAUCCUCCGCGCCAUCAUCGCCCGCAACCUGCCCGAGCAACUCUUUUCGCUGCUCGAUGCUUUUCGGGCUGCCCAAGAAGUCAUGCCAGAGCUAUCCGCCACAAUCAACCUUCUCAAAAUGGAAGCGGUAUGGCCGGCCUGCCAGCAUCUCCCGCUCCUCAUCGCAAGAGCCGUGGCCGACACCUUUGACCGCUUCAAAGCCCUCCUGGAAACCUCCACCAAGUCCGCCCAAGCCAUGGCUGCCGCUGCUCCGCCCCUCUCCGCCUCCUCCGCCUCCCCCUCUGCAUCCGGUGCUGCUGCUUCUGCUACUACUGGUGGUGGGGAGGCAGCGGGGGGUGGAGGAGGAGAGGGUGGGGAGGGGGAGAAGAAGCCAUCGCUUGCAAAGCUGUUCAGAAUGCCGUUCCUGGGUCGCAAUGCGAGCACCACAUCGGCAUCACCAGCAGCAGAGGAGAGCACUCAGGACGUCAUGCCGCCGGGGGGAGUAGUUGACCCAAUCACCAGCUACGUGGCCAACUACAUCCGCAGCUACAUGCGCCGCUACCUGGACGUGCUCGCCUCGCUCUUCCACCUGCUGGAGGAGCCUUUGAUGUCUCUCACAGCUUCACUCAUCCCGUGGUUCCUUUCCCCCCACCCCCCUCCACCCCGUAGCGUCCCAUCCACCCACAACAGCUACCUGGACGUGCUCGCCUCGCUCUUCCACCUGCUGCAGGAGCCAAAGCCACUCACUCGAAUCCCCCUCUUCUUCUACCUGGAUGUGCUCGCCUCGCUCUUCCACCUGCUGGAGGAACAAGGAGCAGCGAGUGACGAGGAGGAGGAAGAGGCGGAUGGGGACGGAGAGAAGGAGGGCGGCAAAGGGAGCAAGUCGAAGGGGGAUGGGAAGGUUGCAGCUGGCGGGAAGGCGGCGGGUGGGAAGGUGGACAGUGGGAAAGACGGUGGGAAGGCUGGGGAUGGGAAAUGGAAACGGGGUGGGCAGCAGCACGCGGGGCGGAGUGCGGAGAGUGAGACGGCGCACCUGCUGAGCGCGCUGGUGGUGAAUCUGGAGGCACGGGGCGGGCUGUAUCGAGAGGAGGAGCUGCAGCACCUGUUCCUCAUGAACAACACUCACUACCUCGUGCAGUCCGCCGCUGACUGGUACCGCUGGCAUGUGGACAGCCUGAACCACCCGCUCUCACAAGCUCGCAAGGAGGGCGCGAGGGACCUGACAGCAGCCAUGGCGGAUCUGAGGGACGGCCACAUCGUGCAACUGCAUGCCACGGCCUUCCAGAGCCGCGCGCUGGCUGCUGUCAUGGCAGCACUCACAGAUGAACCUCCCCGAGGCACACCUGACUCGGUCAAGCUCAGGCUCAACAGGUUGCGGCGGUUCAAUGUGGCGUUUGAAGCACUGGUGGCGAGGCAGCGGCGGUGGUGCAUUCCCGAUGAGGAGCUGCGGAGGAAGACCCGCGCCAAGUGGUCAACUGUGCUGCGCGAGCGAUACCGCAAGAUGCUGCUGCCCUUCUGGUGA